ACCUGUUCUGAGAAUAGUAGCUUUGAGGUAAUUGUGCCAAGCCCUAUUAGACCACGCCGCUUUUGUUCAAAUAACUUUUUCAACGAUAAACGAAGGACGUUCGUCGGGCCAUCUGAAAAAAAAUGACAACCAUCAAGUUUGGGAGCAGCAUCAAAUCAUCUCCGCUUGCCCGAUCUGCAAUCAAAACUUUGGACAUAGACAGUGAUGAGAAAAGCAACAUUGAUCCUGAUAGACUUUGUCAGUGCCCAUUUGAUAAAAGUCACCAGAUCCGAGCUUGUCGGCUCUCCUAUCACCUUUUGAAAUGCAAAAAGAACCAUCCGCGACUGGCCAAGACGCUUAAAACCUGCCCCUUCAACGCCUGCCACCUGGUCCCGAGGGAUGAACUGGCCUGCCACACUGAAACCUGUCCCAACAGGAUUUCAGUGGGUGUAAAGGAUGCUGGAUCUGAUGAGAAAUUUAAGGCUCCCAUCAGGCCCCAGUUCACCACUGCUACGACUGAAGACUGGGAAAAGGAGGUGGAUGAAGCACCCAUUCCAUUUGUUUGGGGUGUGUCUCCAGUGGCCAGUGCCCUCAAGGAAUCCCAAGCCUUCAACGCUAUUGGAGCCCAGUUCCGUGGACCCUACACCCUUCCGUGGUAGUUUGAAAUGUUGUAUCGGUUUCUGUUGAGACCAGUUGGUGGACUUUUUGUCAC